AGUCAACCUAAAACCUGAAAGCCAUCCUUCUUUUAAAAGUUAAAACCACACCAUCACCAAUCCGAAACAAAAAACAUCUCAAAAAAUGCAAAUCACACUCCAAAUUUGCUUCCUUUUAAUCCUUCACCUCUUCUUCCAUAUUUCAUCUUCCCAAUUCCUACCUUCAAAUACCACAGGCUAUACUUGCAACCUUAGCCAAACUGCAUCCUCUUGCCAAACCUAUGCCUUCUUUACAGCCAUGGGUCCAAACCAACUCGACUUAGCCUCCAUAGGCGAUCUCUUUUCUGUAAGUCGACCGAUGAUUGCCAAACCAAGCAACAUAACAUCUCUAACUUCACCUCUUGUCCCUAAUCAAUCCCUCUUUAUCCCACUUACUUGUACAUGUAACUCAGUAAACACCACUACAAACAUCUCAUAUGCUAAAAUCAACUACACCAUCAAGGGAGGAGACACUUUUUAUCUUGUUUCGACAACACUUUUUAACAACCUUACAACCUACCAGUCGGUGGAACUUGUCAAUCCUACCUUAGUCCCUAUAAACCUCACCAUAGGUCAAGAUGUAAUCUUUCCGAUCUUCUGCAAGUGCCCAACAAAAACCCAACUCCAGAAUCAAAUCAAUUAUCUCAUUUCAUAUGUGUUUCAGCCAUCUGACGACAUAUCUUCCAUCGCUUCAAGAUUUGGGUCAACGACAGAAUCCAUAGUUGAAGUAAAUGGCAACCGAACAAUUCGCCCUACAGAAACUGUUUUUGUGCCUGUUUCGAAGCUUCCUGAGCUCACACAGCCUGCUCCUACUAAUGUAUCGAAUAGCCAGAGAACGACUGAAAGAACAUCAGCAGUCAUAGGAUUGGGUGUUGGGCUAGGUGUUUGUGGACUAGUCUUGAUUUUGAUGGGUUCUUUUUUAGCUUAUAGAGAAUCUGUAUGGAAGAAGAGGGUAGGGAGGAAGAAGGAUGAUGGAGAAAGCAAGAAAAAUGAAGCAGGAGUGAGUCUUAUGGCUGACGUUUCAGAUUGUUUAGAUAAGUAUAAAGUGUAUAGGGUGGAAGAGUUGAAUGAAGCCACCGAUGGGUUUGAUGAUAGAUGGGUGAUCCAAGGGUCUGUGUUUAAAGGUUAUAUUCAUGGGAAACCCUACGCAAUAAAAAAGAUGAAAUGGAAUGCUUAUGAAGAACUCAAGAUCUUGCAAAAGGUAAACCAUGGAAAUUUGGUGAUGUUGGAGGGAUUUUGUAUAGACUCUGAAGAUGCAAACUGUUAUCUAGUUUACGAGUAUCUUGAAAACGGAUCUCUUCAUACAAGGUUGCAUGAGAGCAAUGUAGACAUGCUUAACUGGAGAACAAGACUAGGAAUCGCAGUUGAUGUGGCUAAUGGUCUUCAAUACAUCCAUGAACACACUAGACCACGAGUUGUGCACAAGGAUGUCAAGAGUAGCAAUAUUUUGUUGGAUGCAAAUAUGAGAGCCAAGAUUGCUAAUUUUGGGUUAGCUAAAUCAGGAUGCAAUGCUAUAACAAUGCAUAUUGUAGGAACUCAAGGAUACAUUGCUCCUGAGUACUUAUCUGAUGGUAUCGUAUCUACUAAAAUGGAUGUUUUCUCUUUUGGAAUUGUUUUGCUUGAGCUCAUUUCUGGAAGAGAGGCUGUCAAUGAAGACGGAAAGGCUUUGUGGGUAGAAGUGCAUGAAAAUUUCAAUGGAAAAGAGGAUAAACACAUACAUAACUUGAAAGGGUUUAUGGAUGAUGUACUUUUGAAAGAAUUGUGUUCAAUUGAUAGUGUUAUGAAUGUUAUGUCGAUCGCUAUAGCUUGCUUACAUAGGGAUCCUACAAAAAGACCCAGUAUGGUGGACAUUGUCUAUGCAUUAUGCAAGAGUGAUGAUUUGUUCUUUGAUAUCUCUCAAGAUGGCUUAUCACCACGCCAAGUUCUUGCGAGAUAGGAUUAUCUUUGUAAUUAUUUUUGGGUAUCAUAGCUUUGGGAAAUUAUUGAAAUAUACGUAAAGUAUACUAUACAGAGUUAAAACAACCGAUUAGCCCCUACACAUUGUAAUGGUUCAUGUUCAAAAGAUUCUACUCUUCCAUUUGACCUGGGUACGUUCUACAGUGUUUCAUUACUUCAUAUUUGGUUUUGGUUAAAGUGAUGGUAGAGGAUAAUUACAUAUGUGAAUUAAGUAGGAGAACAAUUGUGUUGGAUGCGUGAAUUUUCUACUGUAAUAAAAGUAUAAAAUGUAACAUUCCAUUAGAGUAUUAAAAAAAUGUUAAAACUUAAAAUA